AUGGAAGCAGGCUCGUUGCUGAAUUCUCUGAUUUCUUCGUUCAACUCUUCUAUAGCGGAGCUUCAAGAUCUCGUGAUUGGUCGGAACAUGUACCUUGCGAGCAGUAUCUCCGAUUUGUUGGCUAUGUACGCAGCAUUAAAGGCCAUGGAGCUUCAGGUGCAAGCCAUCAAGGACCACCUGCGAGAGGAGACCAGAGCCAUUCCCAAAGCCAAGAAACUCAUGGAUGCAUCUCUACGGAAGCAGAAAAUAUUGCAGAGCAUGUCACUUCAUGUUCCCUCUCAUUUAGCUGAAAGAGCGACGAUCUUGAAUGAGGAGCCUUUUAUUGAUUGGAAAUGUUAA